UGCAAUGCGUUUUAUUCAUGAGCGACUGUAAAUAUGUAUAUUGGGCUAUCCAUAUCACCAAAACUGCAAAACAUUACCGCAUCAUCUUCGUAUAGCCACAAGCCGCAAUAGUUGUGAUGCAUUAUCUAUUGGGCUACCUGUGGAUUUUAUUUCUCAUUUUCCUUUUCUGCAUGGAAGGGACUUGCAAAGCUUCGGUAUUUAGAACUGACGAUGAUAUCUCAAAACAAGUCAAAAGAUUGCUAAGAAAUUACGACAGUAGAAUUCGUCCACAGUACAACGGUCCACCAAUAGAGAUUCUUAUUGAUUUCUCAGUCGCUUCCUUUGGUAGUCUUGAUGAAACUAACAUGGUGUACAGCCUUGAUAUGUUUUUCCGUCAAACAUGGGUGGAUCCAAGACUUCGAUUCCAAGUCAACGAGACUAUAACCCUCACUAUGGGUACCAAGCAUCCAGCGGACUAUAUCUGGGUGCCUGAUACGGUUUUCGUUGACUCUAUUGAUUCACAAAUGCAUGACGUAAUGGUCUCAAAUCACAAAAUCGACAUACAACCCAAUGGCAAAGUCACAUGGGGAACAAGGGCUUCGGUGACGGCACGAUGCCAAAUGGCUCUUCAUAGAUUCCCGAUGGAUGAACAGACAUGUAACUUUAGUGUGAUAAGUUAUGCAUAUCCUGUUCGCCAUCUUAUCUACCGGUGGAGAGAAAAACCCGGAGUAAAAGUUCUCAAUGGCGAGAUGUCACAGUUUUAUCUGACGAGAAUCCAGACGGCACUAACAAAUGAACAUUAUGUCGCAGGCGAGUAUUCGUUGCUUAUCGCUAUAUUUUCAUUUAAACGUCGAGUUGGYUUCUAUCUUAUUCAAAUUUACGUUCCGUGUAUGGCUAUAGUAUUUGUGGCCUGGAUGUCACUUUGGGUUGACAGAAACGCCAUCCCAGCUCGUAUAAGCCUAUGUAUCACGACUCUCCUCACCAUAGCAACCAUAUGGGGGAAUGUUAAUGCCGGUAUGCCUCGGGUAUCGUAUGUYAAGUCCAUUGAUAUUUACCUCAUGACGUCAUUCUCCUUCGUAUUGGGUACAUUGAUGGAGUUUAUCGUGAUCGCCAACUGUCAUGGACGAGAAAAGAAGGAAUCUACACGAAGAAAACUAAGCAAGAUCAAUCGUCGUCAUUCAGAUUCAAGCGUUGAAACAGCAGAAAUCGCAGAAAACGUUAUUCCUGGCAAUGACGUCACUCCUAGACAGAAUCAAUGCUUGAACUUCAUUAGUAUCUACAGGCGCCAGUCCGGCACUAUUUCACACUGCAUGCAUUGUCAAAACAAGAAAAAAAUGAAUUUUUGGACAAUAGACUUAAAAAGCGCCGAAGUCUACGCACGAAUUGGGUUCUUGGCUGCAUUUGUACUUUUUAAUAUAAUUUACUGGGCGUUUUUACUCAUUCCCGACUUCAAAUAAAAAAAAAAACAUCGUCUAUAUGAUUGCUCAAGAUCAGGAUAAUUAAACUAUUAAAAUACUUCUUAGAUCCCUAGUACAACUUGAGGUCUAUACAUUCUCUAUUUAAUUAAGUCUUUUAAUCGUCUAGGAGCCGCCUAUAAAGCUGCUUUCAUUUUUAAAGUUAAUUGUCCCAGCAGAUUCGUGUAUAUACCGUUACUUAAAAUGAGAAGUCCCUAAGCCCGCACAGGAAAKUAAUACCUUUCAGCUGUACAUAAACAUUUAGUUAUAAUAUCU